AUGGAGAACAUUACCGUGGGAAUUAUUGGAAUGGGUGAUAUGGGUCGCUUGUACGCGAGGAAGUUCAGUCAAGCUGGAUGGAGAAUCAAUGCUUGCGACCGACCAGACAAAUUUCAUACACUCCAAAAGGAGUACGAGAAUGAGAAAGGAAUCAAUAUUUUACCCAAUGGUCAUCUCGUUUCAAGAGCUAGCGACUGGAUAAUAUACAGUGUGGAAGCCGAGCUCAUUGACAAGGUUGUCGCCGAAUAUGGUCCGUCCACAAAGGUCGGUGCCAUAGUCGGCGGCCAGACCUCUUGUAAAGCCCCCGAGCUGGCCGCCUUUGAAAAGUAUCUUCCAAACGAUGUUGAGAUUGUGUCUUGCCACUCUUUACAUGGUCCUGCUGUAGACCCCACGGGCCAACCCCUUGUCAUCGUCAAACAUCGAGCUCCCCAAAAGAGUGUUGACCUGUGCGUCCGAAUUCUUUCCUGCCUCAAUUCCAAGAUGGUCUUCCUCUCCGGGGAGAAGCAUGACAGGAUUACGGCAGAUACCCAAGCCGUCACCCAUGCGGCUUUCUUGAGCAUGGGUACUGCGUGGGCUGCCAACAAACAGUUCCCAUGGGAGAUCAAUCGGUAUGUGGGAGGGAUCGAGAACGUCAAAAUCAACAUCACGUUGCGUAUCUAUGCCAACAAGUGGCACGUUUAUGCCGGUCUCGCGAUCCUUAAUCCCGCGGCCAGGGAGCAGAUUCGACAAUACGCUCAGUCAGUCACUGAGCUGUACAAACUGAUGUUGGGUGGACACAGGCGAGAGCUGGAGCACAGGAUCAAAACGGCAGGGACAGCAGUCUUCUCAAGCGACGCUGUGCAUCACAACCUCUUGCUCGGAGAUGAGGUGUUGGACAAGUUCUCACUCUCCAAACGACCAAAAGAAAGAACUCCCAAUAACCAUCUGAGUCUAUUGGGCAUGGUUGAUUGUUGGUGGAAGCUAGGAAUUGUGCCGUACGACCAUAUGAUUUGCUCCACACCGCUUUUCCGCAUAUGGCUGGGUGUGACCGAGUAUCUCUUUCGCAACGAGACUCUACUGGAUGAAGUUAUUAACACGGCGAUAGAAGACAAUACCUUUCGGUCGGACGACCUAGAAUUCACCUUUGCGGCUAGAGCAUGGUCUGAAUGCGUCUCAUUUGGUGAUUUCGAAGCAUAUCGCGAUCGAUUCGAGAGCAUUCAACAAUAUUUUGCUCCAAGGUUUCCGGAAGCUGUGAGACUCGGGAACGAGAUGAUCAAAGAAAUUAUGUUGAAGACCAAGACGUAA